UUAGUGACUCGCGAUCUGAUACAGAGACACAAGAGGUGCUUGACAACUUCACAUGUGGCUCCCCACAAACAUGCACAUCACCACAUGUCAGAAGUCCGCACACACACUCUGACCGCAUCUCGUUAUCUGCACACUAACUACAGACAUAUAUGGUCAGAAACGAGUUUGCUGCAUCUUCAUUGGUUGUCAAACUCUUGUGGUCAAAGUAUUGGACGCUGAGCGGUUUAUAAAGGAGGAAUGUUUUCUGACUUAUUGCACAGACUUCAUCUUUGGGUGAUACUGAUCCUCUCCCGACGAACUCAGCUGCAGAGAAAGGUGAGAAAAGACAAAAUGAAGAUCAUUCUCCUGACUGGCAUCAUCUUGUCUGUCGUCCAGACGAUGUUUACCAGCGAACACGAGAAGCCUAACUACUCGAAGCCCUGUCACCACAAGAGCGUAUUCGAGAAUUACGAAAACUUUACGAAGAAACACAUCAUUCAAACCAACGGGACCUUGAAUUCUAAAAAAGACUGGGAAAGGUAUCUAAAUAAGCAAGGACUCUGGUGCAGAACAACGAAGCAGUCGUUCCUCCCGGCCGAUAAGAAGGUUGGCGUCCAGCAGAUCUGCAGCACAUCAGGCCUCUAUGUGAAGGGUAACUUGUGCAGCAGCAGGGAGGAAAUGAUGGUGUAUGAAGUGUUAUCCUACAACUGUCCUCCAAAGUUGAAUUCAUAUAUUAAUGUAACCAAGAAGUCAAUGUUUGUGAUUGUGGCCUGUAAUAUGGUUGGAAAAAAGUGCCUCCCCGUCCAUUUUGAGGGAAACCAAAACCUCAAAAGAACGAAAAAUCCGUGCAUCCCAUCUCAGAGACCGCCGACCAAUCAGAGCAAAGUCUUUGAUCUCAAAGAAAGGCUGGCAGCCCAGGACUAGCGCUGGGGCGACGCGUCAACGUAAUCGACGUCAUCGCUUUCGUAAAUACGUCCACUUGCUAAACAUGCGUCGACGCGUUGUAGGGCAGGUGGCUGCGCAGUCGAGGCUUGGACUCACCUGAAGAGUCCGAACUGGACUCGGACGCUGUUUUUAGAUUUUGACGAACCGUUUCUAUUUUAACUUCUCUCGCACUUACGGUAGUCUUAUUUUAACCUGCGCAGCUUUUUCCGUCUUUAUGAUAGUAAAUCCUGGCAGCACACAGUAGUUGUGAACAAAGAGGAAAGUUAAAGCCGUUUAGUUGUUAAGUCUUUUUUUUAUGUGAAAUUUUGUUAUAUAUUUAGAAAAAGAAAAGGGGAAACUCAAUUCAUUUCCCCGUUGAUGUUUCAGAAAAAUACGGGAUGAUUCAUGACCUUAAAACAUUUGAUUCAGAGCAAUAAACCAUUGUGAAUGAUCCCUUUCCUCUUCAUUUUAACCUUGUUAACCUAGUGUUGUUAUACAUCAUAGUUUGUAUUCAGUUACUCAUGUCUUGGCAGAUUAAAUGUCACCUUCAAACGAGCUGUGACACUUUAACUGAUCCCUCCUGGUACAGACAUUUCAAAUAAAGAUCAGUGCAGCUUUAAAUAUCAGUUCAUCUAAGUUUGAUCUUUAGAUUCAAUAAGUUUGUUCAUAAUUAUAUUUUCAUGUAAGAUUUUCCUUAACUGCUACA